UCUUGUCUGCACAUGACAGGGUGGAGAGAGAGUGUCUUGGAUUUUUCCACAUGGGAACUUAUAUCCAGGUAUGCUGUGUGUGCCCAACAAAACAGUAGUAAAACACAGUGUUCUGUUAUUGUUAGUGUAACAGCAUGUUCCUUUGUGCCCAUCCUUUAUAAUUCCACAUGAGUUCCUUAAUCCUCAUUGAUGACAGUUUAAGAGAGGUUUUUGAUCCUAUUGUACAUAAUACUUUAUACGUGAUAAUAUGCCACAUAAAGGCAUCCAAGUGUUGGAUCAAAUAUUUGAAUGAAGGAAAAGACCUGCCAAAACAAUGACAGUUGGAAUGAACAUAUUACAUUGAUAUCAUGGUAUGAUGUGUAAAGCUCUUAAUAAUAGACUAAUGGCAGACACUGACAUCUCCAACUACCCGUCUGAUGGGGAGAGAGAAGGAAAGAGCAAUGACACCCUGACCCAGAGCAGACUGGAAGCUGGGGUUGUUGCUGAGUGUCCUAUGCAGACUGGAAGCUGGGGUUGUUGCUGAGUGUCCUAUGCAGACUGGAGGCUGGGGUUGUUGCUGAGUGUCCUAUGCAGACUGGAUUCUGGGGUUGUUGCUGAGUGUUCUAUAGACUGGAGGCUGGGGUUGUUCCUGAGUGUCCUAUGCAGACUGGAGGCUGGGGUUGUUGCUGAGUGUCCUAUGCAGACUGGAUUCUGGGGUUGUUGCUGAGUGUCCUCUGCAGACCGGAGGCUGAGGUUAUGGCUGAGUGUCCUCUGCAGACUGGGGAGGGAGAGGGCAGCAGAUGGUCAGUCACUGACUGGGUCAGGUCCACUCAGGCAGUGCGGCAGACGCCCCAGAAACAUACCAACAGGAACUCCAAGGACCCAUAGGACUCCAACAAAAAGAAAAGGACAUUUCGAAGGGGCGGCCUGGCGGAGCGACUGAACAGGCUCCAGUGCAGACAGAGGUCAGCCAUCAGCUUCUGGAGGCACCAGUCCAUCUCUGACAUUACUACUACAGCCACAGGUCCUGACAGUCCAGGUGGAGAGCUGCAUGCAGCUGGCCCUGUGUGAGCAGCACUACCCCCCUGCUACGGACCACCGCAGACCCCCUCUCACCACCAGAGCUAACCAAAACCACUCCCCCACUACGGACCACCACAGACCCCCUCUCACCACCAGAGCUAACCAGAACCACUCCCCCACUACGGACCACCACAGACCCCCUCUCACCACCAGAGCUAACCAGAACCACUCCCCCACUACGGACCACCACAGACCCCCUCUCACCACCAGAGCUAACCAGAACCACUCCCCUACUACAAACCACAACAGACCCCCUCUCACCACCAGAGCUAACCAGAACCACUCCCCCACUACGGACCACCACAGACCCCCUCUCACCACCAGAGCUAACCAGAACCACUCCCCCACUACAGACCACAACAGACCCCCUCUCACCACCAGAGCUAACCAGAACCACUCCCCCACUACAGACCACAACAGACCCCCUCUCAUCACCAGAGCUAACCAGAACCACUCCCCCACUACGGACCACCACAGACUCCCUCCCUCCACCUUCACCACUCCCAGCAGCAGAGCCCGGGUCCUGGUACUGUUUAUUAAGGAGACAGCUGCCCAGCUCAUGCCUGAACCUAGAGACAUCAUCGAUGUGUACCCACCAUGGUGAGAGUGCACCAGUUUGCAGUAGUUACUGUAUUGGUAAUGCACAGCUAUGGUGUCAUGUUAUAAUUUUAAUGGCACGGGAAAUGCCAGAGUCAUUAUGUCAUCUAUCAUCGAGCACGUAUCCUCCUCAUGCAGUAAAGCUAUGGUCAUAUCUCACGUUGAAGCCCGGUUUAUAUGUUUUUAUAUAGGCCUACCAGUACUUUUCUGUUUUAAAAUGUGUUGUAACGGGAAGCACUAUUCGGCUAGUGAGAGGCCCAAUAACCCUCUGGUGCGGUGCAGUAGUGUUAUACACACAGAGUAAUUGGGGGGUGUGAGGUUGUUUUGGAACAGGAGAAAGGUAGAGGCUGGUUCCAGCUGUUGAGGGUUUACUUUGGGAGUCCAGCGGUCAGCUCUGGAAUAUCCAGGCUGGGGCCUGGCCUGGCGGAAGCCCAG